GUCUACGUCUAUUGAUGAGAACUACGUCUUCCGCCUGUGCGCAAACUAGCAGAUAGCAGCAAUGAUGUGUGGUAGAAAUGGACACAACCUCAUUUCGGAAAGCAACUGCAGAUAUUCAUCUCCUGCACAUAUAUAUUGCGAAAGAUGCACGCUGAAUGCCUGGAUGUGCACAACCUGGGUACCACUUGAAACUCUGUUAAACUAGAGCUGAAUGAUGCCUUCCUCCACUUCAAUUCCGCAUCUAAAUAUAACUUUCGAUGGGACCCAAGACGAGGGGGCGGUCCGUCAACUCUUAAGACACCUUUUUCCAGGCAUCAGUCAUCAGCCUUUCUCAAUCGAAGUGUUAGAUGGUGGACUUUCGAACCAGUUGCUUCUGGUGCGUUUCGCAAUAGAGAGUCCCGACUUUCCACGCUUACUCAUUCGUAUCUACAACCAAACUGCGAAUUGUCUAGUAGACCGAGCUUUAGAGCUUUCUUGUAUGUUGAACUUGUCCAAAUUUCGUGGAACCCCGGUAAUCUACGCGUUAUUGAAUAACGGCAUCUCUUACUCCUAUGUGACUGGCUUCACUAUUCCAUUGCAUUAUUUGUCCAUGGAGAAAUACGCAAGAAUGAUGGCCUCAGAAUUGGCUCGUUUUCAUUCACUUCCCUCGGAGGAUGUAUCUGUUCAGCCGCUCCAAUCCAAUGGGCCUCGCUGUACUGAGUCUCGUCUAUUCCGACGCCUGCGUAACUGGAUUUCGAAGCUUCCAGCAGAGUUCCCGGAUAAAGAAGUGACGGAAAAGUUUCUCAUCUUACCUGGGGUGUUUGGGCCGUCCUUCGAGCUGCUGACCACAAUAGUCGAUUCGAUUUUCUUUCCUAUGCUAUCGUACGAAUCAACGAAUAUCUACGCUUCAAACGGAUACUGGCUGCCACCUUCGCAGACGGACUUGUGCCGACCGAUUUCGUCCGCCAUGACUAAACAGCCAAUGGGAGCACGCAGCGAACCGACCUUUUCUGUGUCCACUGUGAUUCAUCUCCUCCUCCUCCUCGCUGUGCCUCCUUUUUGACCUCAGUUAUAAUUUUAUCCUGUCUUUGGUUCUCUCGAUCACUACAGCUCAUUCCUUAUCUCCACUCCAUCUCUUGACUUUAUUUUUAUCCGUCGCUUUGCAAUUCGUCCCUGAGGGCGCAUGGUUUAUGUUCUACACACACCUCACCACACCCUGGUCAUCAGCGUGUAAAUGCAAUACAAGCUCACCAGAGGCGUACACUCCCACCUUUUUAGUUACACUGUACAUUGCCUCCAUUUUGAAUCUUCGUAUGCAUACGGAUUACCCGUGCAAUCGCGAGGCAUUUAUGCAUGCGUCACACCCUCGUAUGAAGCGUUUCCAAGCUGUUCUGGUUGUUUUCACUUUUCUUCGGAAUGCUUUUAAUCCAUUCGUUCCGUCAUCAUCUCCACCAAGCUUAUUAUCAAUUCGACUCCAUUUAUUCACCAGAUUUUUCAAUCUAUUGUUUACUGAAGUCUCGAAAUUCUGCCUCUUUUUUUCUCUGGUGAUCGGGACGAUUGCACUCACAUGGCUCAUAACUUCGCACCUUGUUAACCACCGCUUCCG